AUGUCUAACAGCAAUAUGUUCCACAUGUCAUUGAAGGUGAUCAGCGUGAAGCUGUUCGACCAUCGGCAGGCGAUCAACACGUGCCCUUUGGGCCUGAGCUUCCGGUUCCCCGGGCUGGUGCGCUUGGAGAUCCUGGAGGGCGAGUUUUGCGGCCCGGUGGCGGCCGGCGGCGCGGAGGUGCGCAUGGCGGAGGGCCGGUCGUGCCUGUUCGCGGUGGACCCGUGCAACGUUUUCCAGACCGUGCGCCAGUUCUACGCGGACGUGGGCGUGUACAGGUACGUGGGCGACGGCCAGGACGCGCGGCUGGUGGCCCAGACGCGGAUCGAGUUCAAGCGCACGUUCACGGAUCUCAUAGAGAUACCGGAUCAGCCGGACCGGAAACGGGAACUGAAACAGACGUUUUACCUGUACGAGAUGGAACGGCCGAGCCCGGUGGGCUCGAUGGAUGUUCAAGUCGAGCUGUUAUCGCUGGGCUCGAUGUUGAUCACGAAUUUCAAACGCGACCAGGACACGGGAAGGUUCCAAUAUGAGGGUUCGGACUAUUUCUUGGCGGCCAAUAAAACGGCGUGCAAGAGAAACUGCUCGAGGGAGACCCGCGACAAAUGUCGGAACAAAGGAGAGAGGCACAAGGACUUGGCGGACGCGAUGGACAACAAACAAGAGUGUAAGCCGGGAUGCACCAAGACGCUGUGUCCCAGGCGGAAGGAGUACAUGGAACAGUUCAUGAUUUUGUCGACCGUGAUGAGGAUGAUGAAGAACCUGUACUACGCGGCACAAGAGGAUCCGACGGAUGCGGACCGCGCGAAAGUUGGCCUGCCGUGCGUGUUCGACCGGCACUGUCCGAUAGCGAACUGCCCGUUCCGGUUGGACGAGUCACCGUCGGAGGCCGACGAGGAGGAAGAAGCGCUCGAUUCCCACCACCCGCAAGAUCAACUUCACCCGCACGAUCCUCACCGCUCGCACGAUCUUCACCAUCCACACGAUCUUCACCACCCGCACGAUCCUCACCGCUCGCACGAUCUUCACCAUCCACACGAUCUUCACCACCCGCACGAUCCUCACCGCUCGCACGAUCUUCACCACCCGCACGAUCUUCACCAUCCGCACGAUCCAUCGUUCCGGGCACAGCGGACUGUCGCUCACGCGCACCAGGACCCGCCGACCACCAAUUACAUCGAGGACGACGCGGACCUGUUCGUCGUAGGAGUCGGCCGUCAGGACCCGUGCCAGGUCAGAGAACCGGUGUACAGUGCCGCUGGUACGCAGUACUCGUAUACGGACAUAUCGGCCUCGUUCCUACCGCCGAUUCCAGAGCCUCAACCCGAGGAGGUAAUCGAAAAACCAAAAAAUAUGGACAAGAAGGGUAAGAAGGGUAAGAAGGACAAGAAGGGCAAGAAAUAG